AUUGAGAGACAGAAGCAGACAGACAGAGACAGAGAGAGAGAGAGGAUGACAAUGAGCUCGGUGAUGUACAUUAAAAAGCUGCUGAAGAAAAGCAGUCGAGCGGCGUGUGUGAGCAGAGAGAAACCAGGAUGUACAGCGAUGAUGGCGGAGACCAAACACACAACACACUACUCUGAAAGGCGAAUUGUGUUGAUAUUGAAGAAAGACAACGAGGCGUUUGGAUUCAAUAUCAGGACCUAUGAGGAGAACACUACCGACGCUGAUCUGCUGACAUGUGUGUGUUCAGUGAAGGCGAACAGUCCUGCAGAGAGCGCAGGUUUAAGGACAGGUGACGCCAUCAUUUGUGUCAACAGCAUUUGUGUAAAAGGUUUUGAACAUCAGCAAAUCGUUGACCUCAUUCAGAAGGGCUCCUCCUUACUAAAGAUGGAGAUUGUGAGGGGAACGUCAGUGAAACAAAAGGAACUACAAAAGAAAUUGGAGCACCUACAGAGGCAGCUCAGAGAGAAGAGGGCGGAGCUGAAGGCGCUUAUCACGCAGGAAGAGCGCCUGAGAGGAGGUGAGCUACGCUGCACACCGCCUCGGUCCUGCCUCGCCUCAGAGGAACCAACACUCUCUUCCAGUCUCCUUCUUCUUCAAACCUAAGACUCUCAGAGGACAUCGCCCUGUGAACUUGUGCAUUAAUAUAAACCUGUGAUUUGCAGCUACGGAGCUGCUGUUAUCGAAAACUAAUCAACGCCUUAACAUCUGACCAGUCAGAUCUGAGUGUUCAAACAGUGCCGUGGAAGAAUACAUGAUAUUACAAGGCAGUUUUGUUUUGUAUCUUUUUGUAUUUAAGAAAACCUGUAUAAGAAUAGAUUUAUACAGUAUUUUGAGGUAUUAUUAUUAUUUAAUUUAUUUAACUAUUUUAACUAUUUUA